GUAUGUAUGUUUCAAUAAACCGUAUAUUUAUUCAAAGUUUGCUCAAUUCGCAGUACAACAUGUAUGCAAGAGCAAGAUACCAAACUUUUAACUGUAAACUACACACAUGCAUAUAUAUAUCUUUAAAAAAAAAACAUGAAUAAAUGAUGUUUAUACUUUAUAAUUUUUUCUUUCGCUUACUAGGUAGCGUCCUAGUCGAAACUAUUCGAAACAUCAUUGCAUUUAUUUUAUUAGAGAAAUAUACGGGAAUUUAUGCUGCAAAAUUCUAGCAAGUUUUUUGCUCGACUUUCAAUUUACGUAUAUUUAUUUGUGUUGUAUAUAAAUAAGAGCAUUGUAAAUUUUGAGAUUUUAAUAUCCGAUAGUAAUGUGUGAAGUAUAAAAUAUCACCUCAAGCCGGUAGUUAAGACUUAGAAAUAGAAAGUAUUAUUUUCGUAAUCAUUCUUACUUUUUGGAUUACGGUUUUUGUCGAUAAUAUAGAAUGUAGGAUAAUGAAUGUUUUCAAGAAAUAGCUUGGCAAGAUGACAAAGAUUUGAAACUUGUGAACUUUUUAUUUAUCAUUCCUUUUUCUGUUAAUUUUUAUACAUUUUGGAUAACAAAAGAUGUCGCAAACGACAGAAAUAGUGCAAAUAUCUGGAGAAAUUAUAGAGGAAGGACAUGAAAAAGCCCAAAUCAAUGCUCCACUACAAGUAGUCAGAGUACCUGUCAAACAUGCCAAUCUUGGUAUACGUAGUCAUGCAAUGGAUAUGAGUACAAUGGUCGAGCUGACAUCAUUCAGUACACUUGGAAAAAUACAACCCUUUUUAGUUACAAUCACAACCACUGCUGCAUUAUUAGUUGAUUUGCAUUGUCACUUAACUGACAAAGAAGUAUGUGGAUAUCUGGGUGGUCAUUGGGAUAUUAAUUCACAUAAUCUAUCUAUAACUUGCGCAUUUCCAUGUCGAUAUUCUGGCAAAGAUAAAUCAGCUGCAGCUGCUGUAGAAGCAGAAAUUGCAAAAGCUAUGGAAUGGAAACAUGUAACUCUCGUUGGUUGGUAUCAUUCUCAUCCUAGAUCGCAUGCUUCACCAUCUCUCAGAGAUGUUGAUGCGCAAUUAGAUUAUCAAAUUAAAAUGAAAGGACCUAGCGAUAAUGGUUAUAUGCCUUGUGUUGGUUUAAUAUGCUCUCCUUACAACAUGGAUGGUAAUUGUUAUGAAUCAAAUUUUAAUGUCUUUUGGUCACUGCCACCUCCUGAAAACCGACCUCAUGAAUAUCCACGCCCUAUGCUUCUUAGUUAUACUUUAUCUCAAGAACAUUUUCUUGCUCAAGAUACAUUAGAAGAAAUAAGGCGAUGCAUAGAAUAUUAUAGAAGUGAAGGAGGUAUCGAUUUUACUACUAAUUUUAAUAACAAUACUACGUAUCUUGAACGUUUAAGAUGUUCUUUAGCAUCUAAAUUACCUGGACGUAAUCGUGCUAAUGGAUCUUACUGGGAUAUAAUCAGAGAAAUGAUUUGUCCUGGUUCAAAAGAUGGGAAUACACCGGAAUUUCUUACUGUUAAGUUUCCACUUGUACCAGUUUCUGAAUCUCUCGUUCCUCCAGUCCCACCCGGUGUUAGUCUUCCAACGUACAAUGCAGCAGUCUUUUUGGCACCUGUAAACUUUAAACCUGACAGUGCCAUAAUUACACCAACAUCUAAACCAUUCGUUAUGCAACCAUCUACUUCUAGAGACAAUAUCAGAAAAGAUAAUGCUACGGGGUCAGAUACGACAUCGAUAACACAAAUAAAAGAUGGAAAUACUGCCAUCUCAAAACAUAUGUCGCAACCAGAAAUGAUCAGAAGUUUUCAAUCGGGUGAGCUUACUGUAUCAGUGAAAAACACUAAAUGCGAUUACGAUUUUGCACCUGCAGAUUUUGCCAAAUUACCCAAUCCUGUUGGAGCUGAUAUUACAGGCAAUAAAACUCGGACUUCAACUACCCCAGAUUUUCCUUUAACAGACAUUACACAACAGAUUACAAAGUUUCAAGACUUCACGAAAUUAGCGAAUUUCUCUGCUGCUGAUUUAGCCAAAUUAUCUGGUUUUCCAAUGCCCGAUUUUACAAGAACAUCGUCGCCUUCGCCAUCGGCAUAUAUGAGAAAUAUAGCAAAUUUAUUCGGUCCUUUUGGUAAAGUUUCACCCGCGAGAGACACAGAUGGUACAGAACGUAAAAUAAAUGAAUUUUCAAUCGGUGAAGUGACUCAGUCGCCAUUUAAAUCUACGUCAGGAACCGCAGAUCUUAAAAAUUUCUCUAUUGGUGCGGAAGAUUAUUCUAGUGGAAAGAAAUUAGACAUUCAAAAUGAUUCUAAACUUGGUCGAUCGAAUGAAUAUCAAGGGACUGAGGAUCUAUCGAAUUCUUCAAGCAUUAAAUCUGAUUUUGGCGGCAUGCUUGAUAUGACCAAUUUGCAUAAAAAGCAACAAGCUCAAAUUGGCGAUAUCAAUGAAACAUCACUUAAUUUAUCGAAGGAUCGCCAAUAAUUCUUAUCUAACAUCAAUUCGCUCGACAAUUGAAUAUGUAAACAUUUCGAAAGUUUAUAGUAUACUCUCUAUGAAUUUGUGUAUAUGCGUUCACGCACAUGUGUUUAAAUAAUCAUAUUUAAGAAUUCUUGUAUCAAACUA